UCUCAUCGGUAAAAUCAACGGAGAGGUCGUUUAUUCACAAGAAGCCUGGAAUCGCAAGACCUUCACCAUGUCUGAAAACGAAUUGCUUAAACCAGACGCAAUCGAGAGUGAUGAUGAUGAUACAGUUUGCUUGGGUGAAUCCUUCUUCAUAGAUAACAAUUAUGAGCUGGCUACCUUUACAUUUGGCUCUCACGUUCUUCAUCUUCUCUGUCUCCAAUCAGCUUCCACGGAUUUUGAUUUAACGGGGCAGCUGGUAUGGCCUGGUGCAAGACUCUUGAAUCAAUACAUUUCCAACAAUGUGGAGCUUCUGCAAGGCUCUUCUGCUCUUGAAUUAGGAUCUGGUGUAGGUGUUACUGGUAUACUUUGCAGCAGAUUUUGCCAUAAGGUGGUGCUUACCGACCAUAAUGACGAAGUCCUCAAGAUCUUGAACAAAAACAUAGAGCUUCACAAAUCUUCUGAGGAUUCUAAUUCAUGUGCUGCCCUAAGUGCAGAGAAACUAGAAUGGGGAAACUCUGAUCAGCUAGACCAUAUUCUACAGAAGCAUCCGGAGGGAUUUGAUCUCAUUCUUGGAGCUGACAUCUGCUUUCAGCAAAAUAGCGUUCCUCCACUCUUCGACACGGUGAAACAGCUUCUCUGUCUACAAGGAAAAGAGAGAUGCCGAUUCAUAUUGGCUUACGUUUCUCGUUCAAAAAUGAUGGAUGUGAUGGUUACAAAAGAAGCUAUUGUGCAUGGGCUGCAGAUCAAUGAAGUUGAGGGGAGUAGAUCAGUCAUCUCGAAUCUUGAGGGAGUUAUAUAUGAGAUAACUCUUUAGAAGCUACAUUCGAAUGUCAUGUAAUUCUUAAACCCAUGAUAUGUUGUUUUUUACAAUUGUAAGGGGUGUAAUAGACAUUUUGCAAAAAAGUUUUAAGGCCUAAAAUGUCAUGACUAACAGUACGCGUAAUUUGCUAAAACCUUAGACCAAAACCAAAACCGUAACAUGGCAUUGCCAGCAGAGGAGUAUUCGGUAAGAAUCAACUUUAAAUCAAGAUUCGAAUUCAUUUUGUAAUCGAAAAGUUAGAACAAUACACUGGUUUUAUCCUGUGUUU